UGCGGCGUGGUGCGGGGGGCGUUGUGUGCGGGGCGGAGUCAUACUUACCUGGCAGGGGAGACACCAUGAUCAGGCAGGUGGUUUUCCCAGGGCGAGGCUCAUCCCUUGCACUCCGGGUGUGCUGACCCCUGCGAUUUCCUCAAAUGCGGGAAACUCGACUGCAUAAUUUGUGGUAGUGGGGGACUGCGUUCGCGCUCUCCCCUGAUAUUGGUAGUGCAAAGACAGAUGUUAAUUUUAAAAAACACUAGGAGUUUUAUCGGGACUGUAGUUACUACCGAUGAUGCUGCGGUGUUCAAUUCUGCUUCCCCCUGUCGCGAUAUCUGCCGCCGUGAGACGCAUGAACGACGCCUCCGCUCUGCUAUUCCGCUGUGUCACCUCACGCAUCCCGUCUCCGAGCCGUUGCCCCCUCGCUUCGGGUGUCCCGCACCGCCCUGUCCACGCGUGACCCGCCCCGGCUCCGCCCCGCCCGUCAGUAAUGACGUGUCCGUGACGCCAUCUCCCCGCGCCUUUCCGCUUUCCCUGCUGGCGGCGGCGCGGCCCGCAGCGGCCUCCGGGAUGGCGUCUAACGCCGCCCGCGGGCCGCGCUGCCGGGAACGGAGCCGCCGGGGCCGGACGGGCCGGGGAUCGGUGACCACCGGCCGCAGCCGGGAGCGGGAGUCCCGGGACCUCCCAGGAGAAACGCCGCCGCUCGGAGAUGUGGAUGCUUUGGGCCGCUCCGAGGAGGGCGACGAAGCCACCAAGACCCAGAAAAAACCUGCCCGAAACCAAAAACAGAAAAGUAUUCCCAAUGACCCCAAUGGCCCGGCCCCUGCGGAGACCGGGGCUCAUGGCGAGCCCUCGAGGACCUCGGAGAAUGGGUCCGUGCCGCCCCCAAAGGCCCCUGGGAAGCGCGGUCGGAAGUCCAAGACGGAGAUGCUGCUGCUGAAACUGUCUCAGGACUUGGAGUGCCCGGCCCCGGAGCCCAUCUGUGUGCAGAAGAUGCUGGGGAGCAGCGAGCAGGCGUCGGAAGGCCUGGAGACCCCCCCCGGCGGGCGCCCCAAGAGGCGGGCAGCCAAAGUGGCUUUGCUGUACCUGCAGGAGCUGGCGGAGGAGCUGACGUCCGUGUACCAGCCCCCGGCUCCCACUGAGGGUGCCCAGGAGCCGGAGCUCGCGCGUGUCCAGAAGAAGCGUCAGAGCCGGAGGAGGAAGGAGGAGGAAACAGACAGUGAUGAUCCCGCGCAAGAUGCUGACUUUGUACCCUCGAAGGAGGUGUUGCUGCAGGCAGAGGAGGAGGAGGGGAGCGAUGCGCCGCUCAGUGAGGCAUCGGAGCCAGAGCUGGAGGCACUCCGAGGACAUGGUGGGAAGGUGGCAUCUGCAGGGAGAUCCAAGCCCCAGUGCCGAGGCCUCGCUCCCAACGGCUUCCACAACUCCAUCAUGGCCCCGGUGGAGAAGUGCUCCAGCCUCACCUGCAGCCUGCGGGAGCAGAAGUACUCGCAGUGGGAGUUCCCCGACUGGAUCCCUUUGGCGCACAAGUGGACGUGGCUCUCGGAGAGCGAGGCUGCCCCAUACCUGCCAGCAGAGGAGAAGUCUCCCCUCUUCUCCAUCCAGCGGGAGGGCAUCGAAGAUGACGGCGUCUUGUACAGGGUGAACAGGUUCAACUCCCUGCAGCCCCACGCGGAGCGCCUGGACGUGUCCUUCUUCGUGGGCGGCCCCGUGUGGGCCAUGGAGUGGUGUCCGUCCCCGGAGGGCUCCACAGCCGCUCAGUACGUGGCCGUCUACUGCCACGGCAGCAUGGAGGAGACGCACAGCGUGGCCGGGCUCCACGGGGGCCCCGCGCUCCUGCAGCUCUGGGGCCUGGGCACGCUGCAGCAGGAGCCGGGCUCCGCCGACAGCGCCGCGCUGGCCUACGCCAUCGCUGCCGACCACGGCUGCGUCUGGGACAUGAAGUUCUGCCCCAGCGGAGCCUGGGAGCUGCCCACCGCCACCAGGAAGCCCCCGCAGAUGAACCGGCUGGGCCUGCUGGCCGUGGCCUUCUCGGACGGCAAGGUGCUGCUGUACUCCCUGCCGCACCCCGGCGCCCUGCGGCGCUCCAAGGCAACCCAGGUAAAAGAUGGGUCCUUCCACAAGCACGUUAUCUGCAAGGUGCAGUGUGUCGCCACGCUCCAGGUGGGCUCUGUCCAGGCAGGGAAUGCCUCCGAGUGCGGCCAGUGCUUCAGCCUCUCCUGGAUGCCAUGCAAGCCCCAUCAUCACCUCGCAGCCGGUUUUUAUGACGGCACUGUGGCCAUCUGGAACCUGCUCACCAAGUCCCUGCUGCAGUGCGUGCACCAGCCCGACGGCUCCCUCAAGCUCUACCCUUUCCGGUGCUUCCUGGCCCACGACCACGCGGUGCGGAGCAUCGAGUGGUGCAAGGCCGAUAGCAACUUCCUGGUCACGGCAGGGAGCGACCGCAAGAUCAAGUUCUGGGACCUGCGGCGGCUCUACGAGCCCAUCAACAGCAUCAAGCGGUUCCUCAGCACCGAGGUGGCCUGGCUGCUGCCCUACAACGGGGUCACCGUGGCCCAGGACAACUGCUACGCCUCUUAUGGUCUCUGUGGGAUCCAUUACAUCGACGCCGGCUACUUGGGCUUCAAGGCUUAUUUUGUGGCCCCUCGCAAGGGGACUGUGUGGAGCAUAUCUGGCUCGGACUGGCUGAACACGGUGGCCGCAGGAGACAUCACCGGCGAGCUGUUGGCUGCGGUGCUGCCCGACCUGGCCGUCAACCCCCUCAACGUCAAGCGCUCCUCGGACCGCAGAUUUCCAGUCUACAAAGCUGAUCUGCUGCCGGGGGACGGUGAGCCGGCGCUGCCCAAGACCAGGCACUACAGGGAGAUGGUGACCAAGAGCUACAUCCGAUUCCGGGACACGGACCUGCUUCAGGAACUUCCCCAGCCGGGAGCCCAUGCGCAGGAUGCACUCGCAGGAGGCCAAGGCAGAGCUCAGCCUCGACCGCCUGCAGCUGGAGUCCCUGCACAAGGUGCGUUUCAGCCCCAACCUGGACUCGCACGGCUGGCUGGUGUCGGGCGGGCAGGCGGGCAUCGUGCGGGCGCAUUGCCUGGCCGGGCUGGCCUCCGCCACCAGCCGCCGGCUGCUCCCCGAGUGCCGUGCCCGCUUCAGCUCCCUCUUCGGGGACCAGCCCGGCAGCCCCAGCCCCCCCGGGAGCCCCCCGCUGCCCACCGAAUAGCGCCGGGGCGGGGAUCCUCCUGCUGCUGCCACACGCACGUGCCCCUGGCAGGAGCCCGGGCCAGGGGCAGGCUGCGCCAGCCGGGGUCCGGGGGGGCUCCAUGGCCCCUCUUGGUGCUUCUUACCCCUCCUCGCGGGAGGGAUGUCUGCUCCUGGCCCUCACUGGAACGCUCGGGACGCGUGUCCCCAUGGUCUGGGUCCGGAAGGAUCCUUUUGCGCUGUUUGGUCUGAGCUGGUGCGGGGAGGGCGGUGGGACCGUGCGUGUCCCUGGCUUGAGCUGUGGGUCUUGGGGCCUGAGGCUGGGGGAGCACCCCCCGGCCCCCCACUGGCGUGGGGCUGUGCUUGUUCUUGCCUCCUGCCCCCCGUCGCUGGCUGAGCCCCGCCGUGCAGGGGAUGGACGGGGCUGGCAGCGGUGCCAGGAGCUCUGAAGUUGCUCACAUUGAGCCUGUGUUCGACUGUGCAGUAAACGUGGUUUGUUUUGUAAA